AUGUCGCUGUUUAAGAAGAAAACUUCUAAAUACGCGUCGCCGCCGGUUCCUCCCCCGCCGGUGGAGGACGUACACAAUCAGUCUAACGGUGUUGAUAACAACAAUGCUGCUAAGACACAGCUCGUGUUUCACUGCCAGCAGGCACAGGGAAGCCCACUGGGUCUCAUAUCGGGUUUCUCCAACGUGAAGGAGCUGUAUCAAAAAAUAGCAGAAUGCUACGACUUUCCUCCAGAAGAUAUUUUGUUCUGUACGUUGAAUACUCACAAAGUGGAUAUGAAGAAACUGCUAGGCGGCCAAAUUGGAUUAGAAGACUUUAUAUUUGCACACAGAAAAGGCCGACCGAAAGAAAUAGAAAUCGUGAAGACUGAAGAUUCACUUGGUUUAACUAUAACUGACAAUGGCGCUGGUUAUUCCUUCAUUAAGAGGAUAAAGGAAGGGUCUAUUGUUGCGAGGAUACCGCACAUACAAGUUGGAGACCACAUCGAGAGAUUGCAAGGCGAAAGCAUGGUUGGGAAGAGGCAUUACGAAGUAGCGAAAUUACUUAAAGAAAUACCUUUGGGGACGACCUUUACGAUUCGUCUAGUGGAACCUUUGAAGACGGGCUUUGGAAGUAUUGGACCUAAGACGAGCAGUGCAAGAUCUGGGAAGAAACAGGGCUAUGGGUCCGGCAAAGAAACUUUAAGGUUUAAAGCGAAUGGAUCAGCGACUAUAGAGAACGAGCACGACGAUAAGUCCAAGGCGGGAAUAGAGAAGAUCAAUGAAUUGCUGGAGUCAUUUAUGGGCAUCAACGACACGGAACUCGCGACACAAAUGUGGGAUCUAGCUGAAGGAAAGGCAAAUUCAAUGCAACUAGCUGAUGCGAUAGACAACAGCGAUUUACAAGAGUUCGGCUUCACUGAUGAGUUUAUUAUAGAACUUUGGGGCGCUAUAACUGACGCAAGAUCUGGGCGCCUUAGAUAA